GCGAUUAGAGUAGAACGUAACACGAGCCAGCGUGCAUGAAACAGUGCCUAAAUGGUUAUAUUACCGUUGACUCGGCAGAGAAAUCAGAUUCAGAAACCGUACCAAUACAGACUUCAAUAAAAUAUAACACUAAAGUAUAAAAUAUACUUGACAAUUAAUAAGCUGAUAUAUAUUGCGUCAAAGUGUCAUACUAAACCAAACUUAAUAAUAAAUAAAAUGAAAGUCCUCAGGGGAGGAUGGUACGCAAUUUGUAUCCUUUGCGCAUGUGUACACUUGUCGAUCACGCAGGAUAAUUUAUACUUUGGUAACUGGAGGAUUCACGAGCCAAAAAAAAGCGAGUAUCAAGCUUAUAAAGAACCAGAGUAUGACGAACCCUCACGCGGUUUUCAUAGAAAAUUAAUCCCCAUAAAGGCGCCUCGAAUGAACAAGAAUUCUGAAACGUUCAAACUACCCUUGGAACCGGAAGCUGAAAUGUUGCCGGCUCACUAUACAGGCGUGAAACCGCCCGGAGUCGAUCAUAUGGAACUGAGGCUCGCUGAGUCGAGAGUCUACAAGGUCGUUCCUGUGGUUCAGCAAUUAAAAAUACUUAACCAAGCUGGUGAUGCUCAACAAGUUUCCCGAGCGCAAGUAUUGGAACAGGGAAAGGAUCAAACGUUACAUCAAAAGACCCGUUCGUUCGAAAAAGGGCAGAAAGGUAAUUAUUUGAAAGAGAAGAAGAAGACUAAAUACACCGAGGCAGGAGGAAAGAAGAAAUCUCACGAUGAUGGUUCAAAUAAGUCAGGACAAAGGGCAGAACAGACUGGAGGUAACAGUGGAGCUAAUUACGAGAAGAAAAUUAAAGAUCAGUCGAGCCACAAGAAGAACGGUUAUCGCAACGUGUAUCAUAAAGACGAAUCCAACAAGAGUCAUGACUUUUACGAUAACGAUGAUCACGGUGGCCAUACGAAGAAACACGGACGGUACAAGGAGAAACACGUUAUGAUUGAAGGGACGUAUAAGAAGGGUGGCGUUCAGAAUUCCGGUCACGACGCGGCGCAGCUUCAUAAGCACGGUAUAACGGGGAACUCCCGAGUCGACGGCGAAUCCCGAGGUCACCAGGCGCGACACGGUUACGAUGGAUUCUUGAAAAACUUCCAGGUAUUCGGGAAUCAAGCAGCCAGAAACGAGGGUAAAAGAUUUGGCUUCGGUCACACGAAAGCGCCUUAGUUUUUAUGAAAGUCAUAUGUGUACAGAAAAGUAGGAUUGUAGAACAUAUUUAUUUAAAAACAUUGAGACAUUUUUAUAACCAUAAAAUAUUGUUCUGUAAGAUAAAAUAAUAUUCUGUACACGGAGAUGCAUCAAUGUUUGUAAUACGAUGAUAUUCUAGUGGAGUAAGAUUGUUAGUUCGAUACUUCAUUAAUAUCGUGUGUGUGUACUAGUUAAGCGUUCAAUGAAAGUGCAGAAUGUUUGAAUAAUUAUAAGGAUUAUUUGAAAUCUUUUUCUUGUUUAAUUUCUGAUAUGAACUGUAUGGGCACUUUGUAAAAAGUGCCA